AUGUGGAUCAUCGGCGGCCAUUUCUGUUUGGAGCAAGGGGGUAGCGACCUCAACAUGUUGCCUAGGCUGAAUUCUGAAUCAUCCAGAUACGAGGACAUCAUCUCCAACAGUGUUCAGAUCUCUUCAAGACCUCCUGCUGUCUACCAGCUGAGAACAAAGAAACAGAAGUUUGGAACUCUGACCGGAAUGACUGUUGGUGAGAAAAAUGUGAACAAGAUCAAUAAAACCAUCUUACUUGUGGGUGAAACAGGAACAGGAAGAUCUACUCUGAUCAAUGCUCUGCUCAACUACAGCAUGGGAGUGAAGUUUGAGGAUGAAGUCUGGUUUCAGAUCGUAGAGGAGGAGAAGAAGAGUCAGACAGAAAGUCAGACCUCAGAUGUGAUCGUGUACGAGAUCUUUGGUUAUGAAGGUGAAACUCUGCCCUGCUCUCUGACCAUCAUCGAUACUCCUGGAUAUGGAGACACCAGAGGGAUCUUGUGUGAUGACAGCAUUAAUCACAAAUUAUUGGAGUUGUUUCAAUCAGAAAUUGAAAGUCAUGAGAUUCAUGCGGUGGGUCUGGUGAUGAAGGCGACAGAUAAUCGACUGAGUGACCAACCAAUGUCCAGCUUUAAUUCAGUGAUGUCUCUGUUUGGAAAAGACCUGGAGAAAAAUAUUGUAGCUCUCAUCACACACUCAAAUGGCAGAAGACCAAAAAAUGCUCUUGAAGCUCUUAAAGCUGCAAAAGUGAAAUGUGCCAAAAAUGACAAGAAUGAGCCCGUUUACUUCCUGUUUGAUAACUGCCAGCAUGAAGACCGAACAGAGGAAGAAAAAUUCUUGAAAGAUGCUGAUGAGAUUUCAGAGAGAGGAAUGAGAGAGUUCACAGCAUUUCUGGGGAAAACUGCACCUCAGAAACUGGAACAAACUGUGGAAGUUAUGAAUGAACGAAUCAAACUGACAGACUGCAUCCAAAACAUACAAGACAAACUAAAACUGACUGAACUGAAACAGACAGAAAUCAAACAUAUUCAAGAAGCUCUGAAGAAACAUGAAGAGAUGAAGAACAAAUGA